CAAAAUUUGAUUCAUUCUAUUUGCUUCCUUCUUCCAUCCAUUCCGUGAUUCUUUUUUUCUCUUCUUCAAGUUAUUAUCGCGUUAGAAGAAAUCUUUGUUCAUGGGUCCACGGGGUUUAUGAAAAACUUGGUUUCUUCUGCUGCCAAAAAAAAUUGGUAGGGCUGGGACUGUGGAUAAAGAUCUUAAAAAGCUUAAGGAUAAUCUGGAGAUGAUCGCGGCUGUAACAUCAUACGCCGAAAAGAAACAGGUGAAAGACAAAUCCGUGCUACUUUGGUUGAGAAGGCUCCAGGACGUUGCAUAUGACAUCGACGACCUUUUGGAUGAAAUUUCCUACGAAGCCAUGCGUCAAUCUCAAGAAGUUGGGAAUUCGGACAAGGUAAAAAUCCUAUCUGCUAUUAAGUUUAGUUCCAAAAUGGCAAAAAGUAUCAAAGUCAUUAAUCAAGAGUUAGAUUUAAUUGCUAGGCACAGAGUUAUGUUUCAGUUGGCGCAUAGCUUUGAUGAUGAUGGAGAUACUGAUCAACUAGACCGAAUGACACAUUCUUUCAUGGGUGAUUAUAAAAUUGUUGGAAGAGAAAAAGAUACAUCUCGCAUAGUAGAGAUGUUAUUGAUGACGAACCCUUCAUCGCCAUCAUUAUCUGGAAAUUCUGGUUCCCCAGAAAAUGUUUCAGUCGUGUCAGUAGUGGGUAUGGGGGGAGUUGGGAAAACAACCCUUGCUCAAUUGGUAUACAAAGAACAGUCGAUUGAGAGAAGCUUUGAACCAAGAGCUUGGGUCUGUAUUUCGGACGAUUUCGAUAUCUUUCUAAUUUUAAAAAUGAUUUUGGAGUCCAUUACUGGACGAAAAUGUGAUGAUUUUUCAAAUGUUAAUGUAUUGGUAAAGAAAGUUCAAAACCAAAUUAGUGGGAACAAAUAUUUGUUGGUAUUAGACGAUCUUUGGAAUGAAAAUGCUGAAGACUGGGAAAAACUUAGGAGUAUAUUAAGCGUGGGUGCUCAAGGGAGUAAAAUAUUAGUAACCACACGGAAAGAAACUGUUGCAUCCAUUGUUAGGGGUACUAUUUCACCAUAUAAUCUAACAACCUUAGGUAAACAAGAAUGCUGGUUAAUUGUUAAGGAUAGGGCUUUUUCUCCUGGAGGAGCAGUCGAGACUCCAACUAUGUCAGCCAUAUGAGAGGAAAUAUCGAGAAAGUGUUCUGGUUUACCACUUGCAGCUAAUUUUCUCGGAAAUCGAAUGCGCUUGAAAAGAAAGGAAACUGAUUGGUUAGCAAUCAGAGACAGUGAAGUUUUUAAUACACCAGAAAAUCCAAAUAAAAUUAUACUGAUAUUAAAACUGAGCUAUGAUAAUCUAUCUUCCCCUUUGAGAAAGUGUUUCUCAUAUUGUAGUUUAUUUCCUAAAGAUUAUUACUUCAAUAGAGAAACAUUGAUUCAACUAUGGACGGCUGAAGGUUUCCUUCAUGCAUGUACAGGAGGAAAUCAAAACUCACUUGAAGAUAUUGGUAAUAAUUAUUUCCUUAGCUUGUUAUCUAGGUCUUUCUUUCAAGAUGUAAAGAAGGAUGAUUUAGGUGAUAUUAUAGGGUUCAAAAUGCACGAUUUAGUGCAUGAUCUUGCGUUAAGUGUCGUCACCAGUCUUGAUGCCAUGAUUCUGAAAACAAGCAGUGAAAGUGAAAAUGAUGUGUCGAAGAUUCGUAGGGUACAACUAAUCUUAGAAGGAGUACCAAAAACACUUUCUGAUGUGUUAAACAAUGCAAAAAAGUUGAGGACAAUUUUUUUCCAAGGAGAAGGCUUUUUUGAUCCUAGUACACUUGGUAACAAGCGUCUCCGUGUAAUACAUCCGCUUGGUAGGUUGCCGAAAACUAUAUCUUCCACUUUCAAGUUUAAACACUUGAGGUACCUUGAUGUCAGGUCCUCCAAGCUUGAGGAUGUUCAUGCUGAAUCUAUUACUCGACUCUACAAUCUGCAAACUCUCAACCUUUCUGGAUCCCAGAAAGUUCAAAUCAUUCUAAAUGGAAUUGGUUCUUUGAUUAACUUGCGAUAUCUAAAUCUCUCCUCUUCGGAUGCCAAUG